AUGGAGAGCGUUUCUGGAGGAGGCAUUACGCCGGAAUCAAAUGAAUUUGGUACCGGACCAGAACUCUCACCGACUAUUAAUUCAUCUUAUGGCGAUUGGAUUGAAGAGCGCGCUAAAUACAUACCUCUACGUCUGAACACGGAUGAAAAGAAACGUUUAGGAUUAUUAGAAGCGGCGUUAAAUGUAUCAGGCCAAGAACUACUCAAAAAUAAAUCGUUUGAAGACAACGAAGAAUUUUAUCAAACAAUAUUUGAAAUAGGAAGACGGCAUAAAAUUAUGAACCCUGAAAAAAUGAGAGAUGCAUAUGGCAAGUUAGUGUACCUGCUUAUGGACUCCAUUAUUCCAGAUGUCAAAGAUUUGUUACAGUUAAAUUUGGUUAUACCCAUUAAAACUGUCUACAGUUUCCUAGAAAAACGUGAUGCUCUCAAAAUUCUUCAUCAUCAAUUAAUUCCCGAUGCUGUGCAAGAAAUUAUUCCGAAUGGAAAAAAUCGACCACAAAUUGAUCAAGAAAUUCGAAAAAAAGAAAGAGCAAUUGAAUUAAUUAGUAAUCAUUUUAGUAAUCGUAUUAUAAGUUCGGAAGAAAUCAAACAGUGCUUGUAUAGUAUUGGUGAUAAUCAUGCAUAUUUGAGGUCAAAUCGUGAUUGUUGUAUUAAAAUGCUUAAAAAUUUAACAACCUAUUUUAACCCCUCAAAGAUUGAAUCUGGUUAUUCUUUGGCCAUUCGUUCUGGAAAAGGCGGCGCACGUCUCUCACAUGAUCAUGAGACGCAAUUUUUCUAUGCGUAA